GUGGUGCUGACGUGGUGCAGGUUCGAGAAAUCACUGUACGACCUCAUUAGAGGUCUGCGCAAUCACAAGGGAAACGAGAAGGAAUACAUUCAAAAUUGUCUGAAAGAAUGCCGGUCUGAAAUAAGAAGCCCAGAUAUGGACCUCAAGGCCACUGCCUUGCUCAAACUAAUCUACCUCGAGAUGAACGGCCACGACAUGUCCUGGGCCUCCUUCCACGUAUUGGAGGUUAUGUCGUCGCAAAAAUACCACCAGAAACGAGUUGGAUAUCUGGGGGCUGUCCAGAGUUUCCGUCCCGAUACCGAUGUCCUGAUGAUGGCUACAAACUUGCUGAAGAAGGACCUCGCUUCUUCCCACCCGACGACAAUAACACUACCGAUCGUCGCGCUGCCACAUCUAGUAACCCCGUCAUUAGCUCUCUCACUGCUAGGGGAUUUGCUACCACGACUCACCCACUCCCACGCGUCCAUAAAAAAGAAGACAGUGGUCACUCUUUACCGACUAGCACUGGUUUACCCCGAGGCGCUACGUGCAGCAUGGCCCAAGAUCAAAGAGCGGUUGAUGGACAAGGACGAGGACCCGAGUGUGACGGCUGCUAUUGUCAACGUGGUGUGUGAGCUGGGAUGGAGGAGGCCGCAGGAUUUCCUCCCGCUGGCACCGCGGCUGUUUGAAUUGCUGGUGGAUGGCGGGAAUAACUGGAUGGCCAUCAAGCUCAUCAAACUUUUUGCGACUUUGACUCCCCUCGAGCCUCGCCUGGUCCGAAAGCUGCUGCCGCCAUUAACCAACCUCGUCAAAACUACACCUGCCAUGUCUCUCCUGUAUGAAUGCAUUAACGGUAUCAUUCAGGGUGGCAUUUUGGGUGACGGUGAAGAUUUCUCUGCCCGGGAAGAAGUUGCCUCACUAUGCGUGUCCAAGCUCAGGGGCAUGGUGUCAAUCAACAGUGACCCGAACUUGAAGUAUGUUGCUCUGCUGGCCUUCAACAGGAUUGUCACCACUCAUCCAAUGCUUGUUGCUGAGCAGGAAGAUGUUAUCCUGGAAUGCAUUGACAGCGAGGAUAUCUCCAUCAGAAUCAAGGCACUUGACCUCGUGCAAGGGAUGGUCAGCAGUGACAACCUGCUGUCCAUUGUCAGCCGGCUGAUGAGGCAGCUCAAAGCCUCGUCGAGUGCUCUGGCACAGCAACAAGACGGACAAGAGGAUCUGGACGACUCCAGUGAAGAUGGUUCUGGACGGCGUGCCAAGUCACAAGAGCAAACGGCCCCUUUGCCAGACGACUACACCAUCGACGUGAUCGGUCGGAUACUGGGCAUGUGCUCUCAGAACAACUACGCUAACGUGAUCGACUUUGACUGGUAUAUCGACGUCCUGACCCAGCUCGUCCGCAUUGCUCCGCCUCCGAGCCCUCGGGAUCUCGACUCGGACAGUUCUUCGUCACCCAAGUCAGUCGAUAUCUCGGAGAGGAUUGGAAACGAACUCAGGAACGUGGCCGUAAAGGUCAAGGCUGUGAGGCCUGCUGCUGUGCGCGCUGCAGAGUUGAUUAUCUCGCGUCUCAGCACUGACACGGUUUCUUCACGGCCAGUGGUCACUGGCGCCCUGAAGCCGUUGGCAUUUGUGGUGGGAGAGUACGCUUUCCAGCUCUCGUCGCCUGACGAUACGUUGAGGAACAUGCUGGGUCUCGUGCCCCGAGUUGACUAUCCUGAGGUGUUGGCAACAUGCCUCCAGUCGAUUCCCAAGCUUUUUGCCCAUGUUGCCGGGGAUGAUCGGGCGUUGUGGACCCCCGAGAGAAAGUCAUCACUAUCGUUGCUGAUGGCGCGGGUUAUUCACAUACUCGAGCCAUUUGCGCAACAUCCUUACCUAGAAGUCCAGGAACGAGCGGUCGAGUUUAUUGAGCUUCUCAGACUCACCGCCGAAGCCGCGUCUGGACAAGCGCCAUCCACAGACGAGAUUCAGCAAGACGCACCUUUGCUUCUUACACAGGCCAUUCCAUCACUGUUCACGGGAUGGGAGCUGAACUCGGUCGCACCGGGGGCGCAGUACAAUGUCCCUAUCCCAUCAGGACUGGACCUUGACGAGCCCAUUCAUCCCAACUUGGGCAGCCUGCUUUCACAGGCAGACUCGCUGAUGCUUCCUACACAGGGUGAUGAUGAGUUUGAGGUGUAUUACAACCAGCGCCCAGCGCCAACCAGCAUCUACAGCGGCCCCGCCAUCGAGAGGCUGGUUGAUGCCCCAGAAGAAGUCGGCAGUUCCUACCAGCAAGCGGGAGAGGAAAGUUACCUCGACGCGGACAUUGUUGCGAGGAGAAAAGCGGAGAGGAGGGAGCGUAACAAGGAUGAUCCGUUUUACAUUCCGGACAUGUCAUCAAGCCGCACGGGUACCUCGACACCAAUUCACAACAUUCUCCAAAAAGAAAACGGGCCGGAUCUCGACAUUGACGCCAUCCCGAUCAUGUCACUUGAUUUGGAGAAACUUUCCGUCUCGGGGCCGUCCAGGCAUCAACAAUCUCAACACCCGCGACAAGCCCGCCAGAAGAUUGUCAUUGAAGCGGACGAAACGCUCGGUGGUAGUGGUGGCAACAGCGGUGUCUCUACUCCUGGGGGUGCUGCUCGUCCGGGCUAUGACUCGGAGAAUAACUCUGAUAGUUUUAAUCUCUCCAAAACGGCCAAGAAGCCUAAGCAGAAGAGUCUGUUGCAGUUUAACUCUAGCGUGCUGGGCGGGUUGAGCUUGACGGAUGAGCAGAGGCCGGACGAUGGGUUUGCGCACGAGAGGCAGCAGAAGGAGGAGGCGGAGAUGGCGCUGGCGAUGAAGGAGGUGCAGAGGUUGAGGUUGGAGAUGCAGAGGGCGAAUGAGAGGAUUCAGGUUGCGCAGGGGGUGCCGAGCGAGGGGGUGGCGGUUGUGAAGAAGAAGAAGAAAAAGACAAAGACGGUUGUGAAGGCGGAUGAGGGGGAGGAGGGGGCUUGA